AUGAACUCAAUUAAACGUAUCACAUCAAUCAACACAUCAUCAUUGUUGACUAGAUCAAUUGGAAGAGUUGGUGCUACUGCCUCUCAAUCAAUGUUCAACAACAACUCGAUCAAGAAGCAAUCAACCUCAUUUCUUGUCUCAAACUCCUCUUCAUCAUCAUCAUUGUUCAACAACAUCAGAUCAUACAGCUGCCACAAUAACGAAAUGACUGGAGGACACUGCCACAAGCACACCCAAGAGAUCCGCAUCAGAAAGCCAGCACCAGCCUUCACCUGCCAGGCUGUCGUCAACGGUGACUUCAAGGAGGUCUCCCUUAGCGACUACAAGGGCAAAUACGUCUAUUUGUUCUUCUACCCAUUGGACUUCACCUUUGUGUGCCCAACUGAGAUUAUUGCUUUCUCAGACAAGGCUGAGGAGUUCAGAAAGAUCGGCUGUGAGAUCCUGGCCUGCUCCAUCGACUCGCAGUUCAGCCACUUGGCUUGGAUCAACACCCCACGCAAGCAGGGUGGUUUGGGCGGCAUCCACUUCCCAAUCCUCAGCGACAUCACCCACCAGAUCGCCAAGGACUAUGGUGUCUACAUCCCAGAGGAUGGUCACACCAUCCGUGGCUCUUUCAUCAUCGACGGCAACGGAAUCGUCAAGCAGAUCACCUUGAACGACAACCCAGUCGGUCGCUCCGUCGAGGAGGCCCUCCGUUUGGUCCAGGCCUUCCAGUACACCGAUGUCCACGGUGAGGUUUGCCCAGCCAACUGGCGCGCUGGUGAGAAGACCAUGAUCCCAGACCCAGUCAAGUCCCAGGCUUACUUCAACUCUGUCAAC